UAGGCACUAUAGUUGAUGCAAUUUUGUGAACUGCAGUUUAUUUAUCUUCUUAGCAGUUUAUAGAACAUGAGAGAUUAUUUAGUAUUUCAAAGGAAAAUCAGGCAGGCAUGAGAAAGAAGAGUUGGCCUUUUGCUUUUAUUCCUUAGUCCUACAUGUUUGAAAAGUUUAAAGGGCAUAAAGUACACGCUAACGAUACAACGCAUAAUGUGGGUGGAAGUUGCACGAAGUAAAAAAGACUGGGAUGAAGUUCUUGAAAUGUUUGGAAAAGAAUUUGUGGAUUCAGCAAUCGCAAGAAGAUAUUUACCAGACAUUGAAAAAAGAAAACUUCUGAUGCCCCUAUUUGUUCGAUACCUUUACGAGGCCCGUUACUCAGAUAAUCGUGCAGUAAUGCUUUCGGUGAAAAUGCACGAAAAGAUAACAAACGGCCAUGGCAUUCAAGAAAACAGAUCAAGAAUUAUUGGAGCAUGGUUGAGUAUUUAUGAUUUCAUACCACGAAAAGCAGAUAUUACGAAAAUGAUUGAUGUUGAUGAAGAUGGAACCACUCGGUUACUAAGAAUGGAAAAAUGGCGGGAACAAAAUAUUCAUCAAAUUAUUCAUAAAGCUGCAAAAGAUUUUGAUAUGAAAGCGAUUUAUGGAGCUCGCAUAGCCGUGCACAAAGCUUAUCGGGACGAAGGCAUUUUGAAAAAACAUACACGCCAAGCACAACAAAUAUUUUACGAAGAGAUAAAAAAGAGGAAUGGCAAUGAGGAUAAAAUUUUUAGCUAUUGGAUCAGCUUGGAGAAAAAAGCCAUUUCUGAUUACCGAGUUGAACUAGCUCAUUUGCAUUACAAUUUCAAACCGGGCCUAAGAUGUUGUGAGGAUUUUUCUUCUAAAGAUGAAAGCGGAAUUAGUUGUCAUUUUGUUCUUGUUGAACAGAAAAUGAUUGAAAAACUACGCAAAUAUUUUCCUAUUUUUAACAAAUUAUGAUUGUCAUUCUGUAAACUUUUGCAAAUUAAUAUCAGUCUAAUUAUAGGUAAAUUGUAU